AUGGCCAUUCCCUCAAGUUAUGUGUCUUCCAUUCCAGUUAUUACUGGUAAUAACUGUAAAAAAUGGGUGGAGGAAUUAGAAUUGCAUUUGGGUCUUCUUGACUUAGAAUUGACACUUAGGGAGUUUCAACCUGAUCCUCUCACAGACACAAGCACUGCUGUUGAAAGGACCAAGUUUAAGAAAUGGACAAAUGCAAAGAGAAAAUGCAUGCUGGUUGUGAAAAAGGCAGUCCCUGAAAUUAUACGUGGGAAUGUAGAAAUCAAAGACACUACCAAAGAAUUCUUGGAUGUUGUUAAAGCUAGAUUUGAACUUCAUAAGAAAGCCGAGACAAUCACAUUGAUGACCAAGCUAAUGAAUACAAUGUAUGAUGGAAAUGAGAGUGUUAGGGAAUACAUUUUAGGUGUAGCUAGUGAUGCUAGUAAGCUUAAGGAUCUUGGAAUACAUAUUGAUGAAGAAUAUGCUAUUCACGUUGCACUAAAUACCCUCCCUAGUUAG